GCCUUCCCAAAAGGGUAGUUUUGGCACUCAGCGACACAUCUACACACGCGCACACACACGCACGCAUUAGUCUGACAUCGGUAGCUGGGAGCAGUAGGUUUUUGCGGCUGGAGAGACAGCAGCGUCUCCACCAGACACGGGGACAGAGCGAUACAGUGUAAACGCGAAACGACGGAAUAAAGGACGUGCCAGCGCGCAGUGAGCGCAUUCGGUUUUAUUUUCCUCCUGACGUGCGUGCGUGCGUGCGUGCGUGUGAACUGUGUGCAAGCGAUGCAUUUGUGAAAUUCUGUGACCGUGAACGAACAGCAGUUUUUUUUUGUGAGUGUGUUUUCAUGUUUUUGCUUCGCGUUCGGUGUACGCGUGUGUCCUCUCAGUGUGUCCCCCCCCCCCCCCCCGCCACUGAUCUCGUGUUUCGCUCUGUGUGUGCGUGCAUAUACUGAGUAGUGAAGGAAGCCACGGGCAAAGUGUGGUGAACUUACAACAAAACGCCAUUUAGCACGUUUCCCCCCCACGUUCCUCCCACCACGGUUCCGUGAUUGACCCGUGCGGGCGUGCGUGCGUGCGCUGCGCGCGUGUAUGUGAUUGUAGCUGUGUAGCUGUACACACACACACACCCUCCGUGUGGGAUCGAUGUGCGCUUUGGUGGAGGAUGCAUUUGUCGGAACAUUUGGCUGGUGCGAACUCCAAUCGAACGGCGGCGGUCUCUCUGAUGUGACAAAGAAGCAGCAGCAGCAGCAGCGCUAGUGUGUGAGGCAGCAUCGUGUCGUGCACGCGCGUGUGUUUGUGCUUGUGCCUGCGUGUUUUGCGGGGCAAGGAGCACGGCGAGGAAAAGCGACGACGCAAGCGUUCUGCACCACCACCACCACCGCUACCAAUCCACCUCAUCCAUCAUUUCGAGCACGGGAACCGAUAUUAGAGGGGGAGAGUAAGAGAGAGAGAGAGUGAGCGAAAAAAAGAGAAGGAAGUGUUUAGGAAAAGACGCAAUUUUUGGAUCGCUCGGUGCUUUGUUGUUUUUUUUGUGUUUUGAUACACACACACCACCCAAACACACCAUGUGGGGGAGCUGGAGCGGUCCCCGCCAGUGAUUGCAACGUUUUCCACCACUCAUCGCCUCCCCUCCCCCCAAUUACAGCGUAAACAAAGCAAAAGCCCCCCAAAAAAAAUGGCGUCAAACGAUCCAACGAAAUCUUUGUUUACUACGCAAACGGAGAAGCCCAACCAUUACACCUACCUGAAGGAGUUCCGCGUGGAGCAGUGCCCCUCCUUUCUGCAGCACAAGUGCAACCAGCACCGGCCGUUCGUCUGCUUCAACUGGCACUUUAUGAACCAGCGGCGGCGGCGCCCGGUCCGCCGGCGGGACGGCUCGUUCAACUACAGCGCGGACAACUACUGCCCGAAGUACGACGAGACGACCGGCAUCUGUCCGGACGGGGACGACUGCCCGUUUCUGCACCGGACGGCGGGCGAUACCGAGCGGCGCUACCAUCUGCGCUACUACAAAACGUGCAUGUGCGUGCACGAUACGGACGCGCGCGGCUACUGCGUGAAGAACGGGCAUCACUGUGCGUUCGCGCACGGCAUCCACGACCAGCGGCCGCCGGUGUACGACAUCAAGGAGCUGGAGGCGCUGCAGAACGUGGAGGACGCGGGCGACGGCGGUCUGAACGGGCCGAACGUGCUGGACAAGGAGCGCAACCUGAUGAACGAGGACCCGAAGUGGCAGGACACGAACUACGUGCUCGCCCACUACAAGACGGAGCAGUGCAAGCGUCCGCCCCGGCUCUGCCGGCAGGGGUACGCCUGCCCGCAGUACCACAACAGCAAGGACAAGCGGCGCAGCCCGAGAAAGUUUAAGUAUCGUUCCACGCCGUGCCCGAACGUGAAGCACGGGGAGGAGUGGGGCGAACCGGCCAACUGUGAGGCCGGCGACAACUGUCAGUACUGUCACACGCGCACGGAGCAGCAGUUCCAUCCGGAGAUCUACAAAUCGACCAAGUGUAACGAUGUGCAGCAGGCGGGCUACUGUCCCCGCUCGGUGUUUUGUGCGUUCGCGCACGUGGAGCCGUACAUGGUGAUGGAGGAGGAUCCGCAGGCGCUGGCCCUGUCCGACAUGCGCUCGUCCGUGCUGUCGUCCGGUGACGGCGGGGGCAACGGCAGCGGCGGCGUCUCGGUCGGCGGCGUGCUUGCGCCCGGCGUGAUCGGGGGCGCUGGGGGCGGCAACGUGCCCGGCGGGCCGCUCGUGUCGGCCGUCGUUGGCUCGCACAGCAAAAAGGAUGCGCAGGAUCUGGCGAAUUUCUCCUACUUCCAGCUGCAGCUGCAGAACGGCAGUGCCGAGAGCAGCGAAUCGGCCAGCACCAGCAGCCUCGGCUCGAACAACAGCUCGCACAACAAGGCGCCCGGGUCGCACCUGCAGCAGCAGAAGCACGGCUCGUCGGCCCUGCUCGGCAACGGGCACGGCGGUGCCGGCAAUCCGCUCGGCGGGCUCGGGCUGCUCAGCAACGGCGGCCCGACCGGUGCCAACAGUGGCAGCGCGAACGCCAGCUCGCUGCUCUCCAACCUUGACUUUAAUCCGGACCUAUCCAAGCAGAUGGUUGCUAUCGACAAUGAUCUCUCGCUGAAUCCUAUCGAACGCGAACAGCGCAAGCGCAUGACGUGUUUGACUUUUAAUAUGUUUAAUGUAGGCUCGCCGCUCGAAAUGUACGAACAAGCUAGGCGCGACAAUAUGCAUGGUUUUGAAAAUUCGAUGUCCGGACUGAUGUCCUCGGGACUUCUGCCUAGCAGCUCGGCCCCGGUAAACAUUCCAGGCUCAUCCAUGGGCAAUUCAAUUUCCGGCAUUCUGCAAGGUACAUCCGCACCGGUGAACAUUCCUGGCAGCUCUCUUGGCCACAACUUUAGCCCCUCGUCCCAUUCGAACCUGUUCGGCCUGCACGACCCGUUCGGCACGCAUCACAUAGGGAGCGGUUCGGCACCGAAGCUUAGCAACAACUCGUACGGCCACAACCAUACCGACAACUUUUUCUUCCAUUCGAACAACAUCAUCUCGCCCGUGCUGGGCGACGGUCUGUCCGCUAGCCCCGAAAUUAGAAGAAUGUCGGAUCUGAAUCCGCUCAGUAGUGAGAUAAGUAGUAACACAACGAAUUUGCUGUUCGGCGACGGUCAGCACCAUCAGGGUGGUCCGCAAGCACAAACUCCUUCGCAGCAGCAGCACCAUCUACAUCAUCAAUCACAGCAGUCACAGCAAACUCCUUCGCAGCAACAACAGCAACAGGCUCAGCAAGUCCCCCAGCAGCAGCAGCAACAGCAAGCGAUCAACUGGGAAGAGCGCGUCCUACAGGCGACCACUGCCUGCGAAGCAUGGAAAGCACAAAUGGAGGAAAGCAACCGAAAGACGGCCAUUGCCGAACAGCAACGCGAUGAAGCGCUGUCGCACGUGAAGGCGCUCACCGAAAAGCUGGAGCAGAUGAAGAUGUCCGGCAACAACGGUUGCCCGCCGAACUAUCGUCCGUGCGAUUUGCGCGGCAUGCCGCUGGCCAAAUUGAAAAGCAUACAGGCGAAACUGCGCGAAGAGAUCGAGGAGGUGGAAAUAGUAUUAUACCAAGAGACGGCCAACAAGUGCAUGAAGUGCGAGGAGAAGAAUCGCUCGGUUACGCUCGUGCCGUGCAAUCACUACGUCGUCUGUGAUACGUGCGCAACGACCCAGCGCGAGUGUCCUUACUGUCAGACGCCCGUCACGCCGAAGGCGUAAUGGGGGCAAUGCGGAAACACCCGCCCGGGGUCCGGCAGGGCUUGCUUUUUGCUACCCGCGCAUGUAUUUUGCAGUGCAGUGAGAAUUGGGCGAGGGUGGAGAAAACAAAGCAGCAAAAAACCGGUAGUAGUUGAGGCGAAGUGAGACGUACAGUGUGGGUACACUAUCAACUAUUAGGCGCGCAUUUUGAUUUGGCCCUGUAUUUGGGCAUAUUUUUUAAUUAAGUUAACGGCAGUCUUUCAUUCGUGUACAGUGCAUGUAACAUAUUUUUUAAUUGAGUUUUUUUAUAUAAGCCACUGGGCUCACAUCGACAAUUACAAUCGUACUAGCGAUUUUUAUUUUUACGCACCUUCUCUAUCUCUUUGCGCUUGUAAGUAAACUAAAGUCAACCAACAACAUGCCCGUGUACCGGGGUAAUAAUGAUUACGUUUAAUAAUACAGAAAAUGCCCCAAAUUGCGAUGAACCCCUUACAGGGCUGUCAAGCGUUCUCAUAGUUGUGGGACACUUCCUUGAUUCUUUCUUAUGCGAAAUUAACUUCAUGUGUUGGAAAUUGGACUCUAUGCCAUCCUUUUCAGACAGGCUCCUUGGACAUUCCUACUGGAUUUGUUAAACAAGGACGCUAUAGAGUCCAAUUCUCAUUACAUUAAGUUCAUUUCACGUAAGAAAGAGUCAAUAAAGUGUUCUACGGCUAUUAUAACUCGUGGAAAACCCAGUAUCCAAGACGUUAAUGCCACACAGCUCAGCAUGGGUGCGAGAUACUUACAUUAUUAUUUUGACACGGAAAACCAACCUGCUGGCCGAACUAAAAACCGAGUACACCGAUGAGAAUGAUCAUAGCAUAAUGUAUGGCAAAAUUCGAUAUUGAUGAUAUAUGACGUAGAUGUUUUAAAAACAAAAUAUUCCAGUAUAAUACUUUAAGGGUUCAAACGUAGAAUAUAUACAUACACACAAACACACACAUAUAUAUAUAUAUAUACAUUAUGAAUUUAUCUAAGCAUUAUGAAACGAAGCAUGGCGAAGCUUAGGAGAGAAAGCAUUAUUAGGAACAGAUGAUGAGCCGAAUGGCAGAGAUGGGGAAGAAACGGAUAAAGAAAAAUCUCAAAAAAGGAUUUGGAAGAUAGGUGCGAGAGAGAGAGCAACAAAAAAAGGGUAAGAGGAAUAGCGAGCGAGGGCAAAAACAGGAGAGGAAAAGAGAGAGAGAGAGAGAGAGAGAGAGAGAGAGAGAGAGAGAGAGAGAGAGAGAGAGAGAGAUACAGAUAAAGUAUAAAGUAAAGGCGGCAAGGAAAGGGAAUAUAAAUAAUUUCGUAUAAAGUUUUCGUUUUCAGUAAGUGUGUUCUAAAUGUUUUCGAUUUAACAUGACCAUGUCGGUGUACAGUUAGCGGAAGCAUAUUACAUUCACUGCAUAGAGCAUAACAAACAAAAACAAAAAAAAUCAGGAAUUCAUAAACGGCGGACGCGCGGUGGUAGUAGAUAGCUAGCACAGCAGCGUAUCAUUUUUGGGGUGGGAGGCACGUUGUUAAAUCGAUAAUUGAAUGCUUGUUUAGCGUGAUUAAUAACGUUAGCAAUAACUUGCUCGAAUAUUGAAUCAAGCAGAAUUGGAGCGACUAGGAGGACAAGAAUAGUGGGGAUGGGCGGAGAGGGGAUGGGCAUUUAUUAAAUUAGUGUGACGGAAUCAUUUACGCAAUGCAGGUAGAGCAAACUAGUUGCCGAGCAGGGACAGGAGUGCAAACAGAUGAGCGAUAAUCCUGUGGGACAGCUGGGGGCCCAUUUUUAGGCAAUGGUUUGUAAGUUUUUUUAAAAUUUUAGUCUCCAAUUACAAUUUGUUUAGUAAUUUAAUCUUCGACGAGUAACGCUUCGGCGGUCGACAUUCUGUUUCGUGUUGGUGUGAUUCGCCAGGCAGCCAUCCAAAUAUUACGUGAUUCAUAAUUCACAAUUCCAAAGACAGCGUGUUUACCAUUUGAACCAUCCAGAUGCGGCCUGUGGAGUGGUUCGAUGGCUGGUAAAGUAACAGGGCAAGUAGUCAGAAUCCUCAUCUAUUUGCACUCGUGUGUGUACUCGAAGAAAAACAAAAAAAAACAACAACAACAAAGGUUUAUCAUUGGAUAUAAUAGAUAUUAUCUCUUAAUAGGUGUAUAUUGUUUCCGAAUUGAAUGCAAGGGAGCAGUUAGCAGAAACAUAAAAAAAAUUAUUCACCUCCCCCCCCCGUCAUUCCGUCACCUUACAGCAACAUUGCGGAUAAAUAAGGAGUAUAAAAAAUUAAAGUAUGUAGCAAUUUCGAGGCGGGCAUGUGUUAGAUAUUUAUAUGAUUACGCGACGAUGUACAAUCAAAUGAAUAAUCCUUAAUUUAUGAUAGCGCAGCACAGGUAUAUAAAAGAGGGUGUAGCAACUUUCCAAGGAUGUAGACCGAUAACGAAUGCGAGAAAGAGGGAAACUUUAGUUCAUAUGAUAUACCGGGAGGGAAGCCGUUCGCAUUUAUGGAAGAAUGGCAAUCGCGUAUUACAAUUUUAUUUUUUAACAAUUAUUUAAAUUCUACGGCAUAUAUCGAUCGAUAUUAGCGCUUUUUCGGCUCGUUUCUUUUCUCAUCUCAUCCAACGUCACGUACUUGUCAGGUAACAACAGUAUAUGUAUUAUUGAAUAGGGCAAAAUGUGUAUGUGUGUGUAUUGUUUUUAAAUAUUCACAGAAAGCGAACAUAACCUAGAAAUCGCUCCUGCAGUGCGUGUGGGUGUGUGAAAUGGAACAAUAGACAAAAAAAAACGGCAGAACAUGAGCAGGAAACAUGAUCUCUUUUUCUGGUAGUAGGAGCGCAGCAUUUUUUUUUUUACAGCAACAAAACGUGUCAAUUCGGAUCUCAAUCGGCUUGUUUUGCAAACAUCACAAUUUUGUUUUACCUGUGUAAUGCUUUAUAUAACUACGUGUAACGGGCGGGUCCGAUGCGAUGGUGUGCGUGUGUAGGCUAGACACUGGAAAGCAAUAUAUUUACGUGCGUUGUGAAAAUCAUAUACCCGCAGCUUGCUUUACGAACUUUUCUAACUGGUGGAUUCUGUUGUGCGCGCAGCACCCGGCAGAGUAGCAGCGCAGCGUUUCCUACUGUAUCCUACUGGAAUGCAGCGUUUCCUACUUGCUUUUUGUUUCGGGCGGACGCAUUGUUCCAUUGUCGCGUUCCGGUGGCGUAGAGAGCACUUCGUAAUUAAUUCACCUCACUUGCCACAUUGUACAAAGCAUUGUGCAAAAAAAAAAAAAAAAAUGGAGGAUAUACAAAUAUAGUUUUUGUUUUGUUUGAAACAUUCGCUCUGCACACGCGCGGGUACAUCGUUCCUGCGUAACGUUUAAUGGCAAGUGUUACAGUGCGGCGGUGCAACGCAGUGGCCACGGAAAGGCCGCUAUGGUCAAGCAAAAUCACAGAGCUCGUAUAACUUAAUAUUUACUAUUAUUACUAGUUUACCAAUUACACUUUAAUACUAUUCAUACUGUAUUUCAUAAUUUGUGUAUCAAGCAGCAGUGUAGGGCAGCCACGGUGUAAUAAUGAUGAUGCUGGUGAUACUGUUGAUGACAUAGCUCCAUAACGUCCCAGAGAUACAUUUAAAUUCAGAUAAACAUACACAUAGAGCACCUGAGAGCGGCGCCUAACGACGCUUACCACUAAGACGUUACACCUUUUUUCCUUCCCCAACAGCAAGACAUACGCGGCGAAAGUGGAUAAUGUUUUGGGAAACAAACGAUAUAGUUCUCAAAUGCAUUACUCCAUACAACUUCAUAUCUGCUCUUCUUUUCCCGUGAAUAGUUUCGUGCGGCAUUCGGUGUGAAAUAGUUAAAAAUAAUGCAGCAAAGGUUUUUUUUUAAUUUUUUAUUUUCUCGCCUCAUCCUGAAACAUACAAAUCAAACCUGCUUCAUGUUUAGCGAUUCAGCAUUAGAAUUAAAAAAAAAACAAACCAUAACUGGUUAUUCGCGUGUGAGAUAAGAAACACGAUGCAGAAUCUGAUAGUGAAUAAAAAGCACACACCCAGACACGGAAGAGCGCGAAUGGAUAAUAAUAAACCAACAGGAACGAACUAAAAUUAUAAAAAAAAACCUAUAUACCACCACUCAAACUAAGCAGCAGAAAUGCAUUCUGAUUUACUCAUAGAAGCAUACGGAAUGUUACAUAAAAAAAGACGUAUAUUUUCGAUACAGACUUUUUACCGAGCAAAACUUUACCUAACCUAACAAUAUUUGAGAGCAGCAAGCAGGGGGGUCAGAACGACGGAGAACCGAAGAAGAGGACGGCGUAGGGCAGAUAGAGCGCCAGUAGCAAAGCAAGAGCGAAUUACACUUCACAAAAAAAAAAACAAAACAGUCUUUUACUAUAUGCAGAAACAAAUGCUGAGCGCGCAAACCACAGGUACAUUAACGGACAGCAAGCUGUUUUUCAGCCGAUUCCAACACAGUUUCGGAUAUUUAAAAAAAAAACAGUAUUUUUGGCACAAAACAAAUACAGUAUCCAAAAUGACAUUUUCUUUACGCAUAGCUCGUAGCUCACAAUAGCAUCCUACAACGAAGCAAAAAAAACACAAAAGAAAGCAUCAGAUAUAAAGGGAAAUUGUUCCGUGAAUUAAAUGAAUAAUUUAUUUCAACAUUA